AGGCCGUUGAACCGGAAGUACUUCCCUCAUGUGACCUCUGUGGAGCUGACGGAGCCUGUGAGCCUGACCCCGGUGAGCUGUGCUGACGGCCCGUGUGUAGCCUCUAAUGACAACCUGACCAUUGCUCUCUGCGGUCAGAUAACCGGGACAGUGACCGGGACACUAACAACAUGAGCACCAUGUUUGCGGACACUAUUCUGAUUGUGUUCAUCUCUGUCUGCACAGCGCUGCUGGCUGAAGGGAUCACCUGGGUAUUAGUGUAUCGCACUGAAAAGUACAAGAGGCUAAAGGCUGAAGUGGAAAAACAGAGCAAAAAACUUGAGAAGAAAAAGGAAACCAUCACAGAAUCUGCAGGACGUCAACAGAAGAAGAAAAUUGAGAGACAAGAAGAGAAACUGAAGAACAACAACAGAGACUUGUCUAUGGUGCGCAUGAAGUCCAUGUUCGCCAUAGGCUUCUGCUUCACAGCUUUGAUGGGCAUGUUCAACUCCAUCUUUGACGGAAGAGUAGUGGCCAAGUUGCCAUUCGUGCCGCUCUCCUACAUCCAGGGACUGUCGCACCGCAACCUGCUGGGCGAGGAUUACACGGACUGCUCCUUUAUCUUCCUCUACAUCCUUUGCACCAUGUCCAUCAGACAGAACAUCCAGAAGAUGCUCGGCCUCGCGCCCUCCAGAGCUGCAACCAAACAGGCUGGAGGCUUCCUGGGACCUCCUCCCCAAGCAGCCAAGUUUUCCUGAUCACCAGGGCGGAUUCAACGAUGACGUUCCUGCACUCCGACUGUGUGCAGUUGCGGCUCCUUUUUUCUCAGAGCACAGACAGAACUGAUUCUGCGGUGCUGGAGCAAACACGUUACCUGCAGCAGCAUCUGUACCACUACCUUCUGUGGGAUUUCUCAUUCAUGUUUUGUUUAUUUAACUUUAGGAUUGUCCCAUCUUAGAUAUUAAAAGAAGAAAGUUUGUUCUUAAUUACAUUGAUUACCAAAGGAUACAAAUGAUACCUUGUAUUCAGCAUAUGCUCUACAUUGUUUUUGAGAUUUUAAUGAUUAAUUGGCACAGUAACAUCUGAUCCGUUUGUCAGUAUUAUUGUAUGUCACUGUCUGUAUCCUUAUUUCUUACAUAUUAAUAAAGUUUUAUGAUCACUCUU